AUGGCCAUUGUCGACCAGGCGACCAAGCAAUCUGCACCUCAUAUCCGCCCCAGUAGCUGGGCAGAUGGCCUGCGAGGAAUUGCCGCUAUUUUCGUGGUCGCUAGCCACACCUGCCUUUCCUUUGCGACAUAUCUGAUCCCUCCGUCCUUCGCGGAAACAGGGAACUCUAUUUUGUUUCAGCGACCGUUUUUUAGACUUGUCAUACAGGGCCAAGCCUGGGUGGCCAUCUUCCUGGUGCUACUUGGGUUCGUGAAUGCCUUAAAACCGCUCCAGCUAGCCCGAAGAGGAGCUACCGCCGAUGCUCUCGCUGCACUCUCGACAGGCGCCUUUCGGCGCAAGUGGAGACUAGUGUUCCCCGCUGCCCUGAUGACAAUUUUAGCUUGGCUUGUAUGUCAGCUCGGUGGCUUCCAAUUGGGUAGAAGGGUAGAUGCAUACUGGUUGAGAGCGACGAGUCCCAAACGAAGCACGUCGUUGAGCGCUGCAGUCGUAGAUUUGAUACGAGAGAUAGCGGGGACUUGGAUGUGGGGAGAAAAUGCCUACGACCAACCACAAUGGGCCCUACUAUCGCUGUUCCGUGGCUCUCUAUACGUAUUCAUGACCUUGUUGGCUUUGGUGAAUACCACGCCACGUUUUCGCCUCUGUGCGCAAAUGGUCCUAUACACCUAUAGCUGGGCAACCCUGGACGGUACUGUUGGUACAAAUAUUUUCGCUGGCAUGAUACUAGCAGAACUGUCAUUCUACAACCUGACAGUCCUCCAGCCAAGUGCGGUUUUCAGACUUCUGCCCUACGGCCUCGUCACCUUGGGCCUCUACGUCUGCUCGUACCCCGACCAAUACGCCGAUCAAACCGAAUGGUCUUCUCAGCUUGCAUCGCUUGCCGAAACCAUCUUCCCAAAAGAUGCCAACGUCAGCCGCUACUAUGCCAGUCUUGGGGCGCAGAUGAUAUGCUUUGGCGUGAUGCUUUCUCCCUUGAUGCGACGGAUGCUCUCCCACCCUGUGCUGCUGUGGUUUGGGUCGAUCAGCUUCCCGCUAUACCUCAUCCAUGGACCACUAAUGCGAUCUGUUCUGGUUUACCUUGUCUAUCUGCCUAUGUCAAUUGGCUUUCAGCCAACUGUCAAAGCAGAUGGAACACUUGACCCGGAGUCAUAUAUUCCCACGCCGGGCUCAUUCCGACUUGGGGUUAUUCUGACUAUAUUUUUUGCGUUCUUGCUCUAUGUUGUCCAGCAAUGGACAAAUCAUAUAGAACCGAAGAUGGGUGCACUUACAGCUGCAUUUGAGAACUUCUCCCGUUCAUGGGGUAAAAGUACGGCGUGGAGUUCAAAAGAGAAGGACGAGAUAUUGCCUAUUACGUCUGUUCGGGAGUUAAAUAUGUAG